AUGCCUGUGAUGAGUCUGCCGCACUUGCCGAAACUAAACACCUCUAGAAAACUCGGAAAAUUAGUUGACUAUUACAACGCUGUUGUAUUACCGGAAACACUGAACGAAGAGAUUAGUCUCGAAGAACUUAUAAUAGUCAUAUACUGCGUUGCUAAAACUAUAUCUGAAAUAAUCACUAACAAACAUUUUGAGAACAAUCAACAUAAUCAGAAGCCAAAACACUCCAGAUCAACUGACAAGAGUAAUAAACCGAAGUGGUUGAUAAGACUCGAUAUGAACAUUGAAGAGCACCGCCGAAAAAUAGGGAAAAUAACAGCAUUGGUAGGUGGAAACACUUCCGGACGAUUGAAACGCCAAGUCCUCAAAAUAUGUAAAAACUGUAAUACUCACUCGAAGUUCGAAAAUAAUGAAGAAAUGCCCAAGCGUACGCUCGAUACGCUCAAGCAAAAAUUAAGAACGCUAACCACCAGAAGAGAAAAAUAUAGCAUGUCUAUGAAACGCAAGCAACACAAUCGUAUGUUUGAAAGCAAUCGAAAGCUAUUUUUACGACAAUUAAAACAAACCCCGAACGUUCAAAGGCAGACGCGACAGGCAUCAAUGGAUGAAUUUAGAUCAUACUGGUCGUCUAUUUGGUCGAAACCUCAGAAAUACAACACCUCGGCAAGCUGGAUAGCAGAAGUUAGAGAAAAGUACUCUAGUAUCCCAAUACCUGGUUUCUCAGCCGUAACACCUGAAGAGGUUGCGAAAGUUGCUCGAAGGCUUCACAAUUGGAAAACUCCAGGCUGCGACAACUUGCAUGCUUACUGGUUCAAAAAGCUCACAUGUAUACACGACAAACUUGCAGCCCUCUUCACCACAAUAAUAAACGCCGAAGAAGAAUUGCCAAAUUUUGCAACGCUUGGUACGACAUAA